GAGCCUCCCCCAGCAUUAGGCUGUUUGGAAAGAGCUAACAACCUUCACCUGCUCCCUGUGCUGUGCAGAUGUUCCUGCAGAUGGGCGUGGACAGGGACAUCAGGUGUGCUGAGGGUCCUGAGCCUGCUUACAUCCACAUAUGUCCCUCAACAGCUGUGCCAGGGUUAGAGCACCUUCCCACCUUCCUGGUCACCGCAGAGAACACUCUCUCGAGGGAGCUGGGGCGCUGGGAGGAGCAGGAGCAGGGAACUUAGACUGGCCCAGGAACCUGCCUUCCUGAAGCAACCUCAGAAAGGCCUCAGAUGGGAAGCUGGCUGUUUUGCUAACGCUUCUCUGGGGCAAUCCUGGCUCAAGAGAGUGUGGCUCGUCAGGGGCUCCGUUGGCAGUUCAAAGACGGUUUCUUCUCUCAGAAGCUGCAGGUCCCCUUUGUCUAAACAGCCACGUUAUAGGAAAAAGCUGGGCAUGAGGAGGGUGAAGACAGGACACAGGACAGAAACCAAAGCCCAGAGGUGGGAGCCAAGCUGCAGGGAAGGUGGAGGAGCAGAGCUUCCAGAGUCCCACGUGCCCGCUACUCAGGUUCCCAGCCAGUAAGAUCUUCCUAAAGACGAGGUGCCUGUCACUGUAGAGAAUCCAUAUCCUUGAGGCUCCUCCUUCACCCCCAUUCCAGAUGUGGCUUCCACUUGCCUCCCUGCUCCCAGAGGCGGCUCCAGGACAUGGCUUUCAGAUGCUAGUGCUAGUAGGCUGGGCUUGACUGGGCCCAGGUAAGGCCUCUGCACAAACUUUGGAGAUCUGAUGCCUGGUGUGGGGGGGAUCUGCUCGUCUUGCUGCUGCCCAAGAUCAGCCUCAGCUGUAAGUUCCUCUGUUUAUCAGACCCUCACCUCCCAGCCUGGAGCAUCCUGCUCCUUUCUUCAGGCUCUCUUGCCCUCCUCAUUGGGGGCCAGUUUCAGAUUUCACCAGGGAGGCUCCUGAGGAGCUGGCACAGCAAUAGUUUCUACUGGGGAGGGACACUAUUCAUACUGAAUAAACACAGUAUGUUUAUUCUAUUAUUUUAUGCCACGUAUGAUGCUUGUGACCACCCUGCAAUCAAGAUGCAGCCUGCUCCACCCCCAGAGGCCCAUCCUGCUCCCCUUCUGGUCACCCCCACCAUCCCUAACCCCUGGCAACCACUGUUGUCAGCUCUCCACCUCUAUAACUCAGUCAUUUCAGGAAUAUUAGGUAAGCAGAACCAUACAGCAUAUUGGACUGGAUUUUUUUCACCGAGCAAAUGCCAAUGAGAUUCAUCCAAGUUGUCUUAAAUUAUUCCAAAGUGACUCUUAACUUUUCCAACACUGUACGUUAGUUGGGUUUCAUUUUACAAUACCAAGUCUAAGAAGUUUCCUCUUAUGAACACUGGCAUAUGAACAAUGGCAACACUAACCCUCUCAUAGGAAGAGUUCUCUUCUGCUUUACAAACACAGAAUGUGUCCUGAUUCCACUUGAAUGCCCCAAAUGUUCGGGUAUGGCUUUUUGACUCUCCCAACCUUCCCCAUACUGAAUUUGAAAUCUCCGCAGGGUAGAGAGGUGUCCAUGCAGGGACACAGCCAGCCCAGCGGGCCAAGGUGGUGCCGCUGACCUCGAGAUUUCUGUGGGAUCCACUCCCUGACCACUGUGGGUUUCUAUGGGCACCAGCCCAUGUCCUAUUGUGUGUUGGCCUACAGGAGUAUACCACACACAAUUGCUGAAUGAGAUUUUGCAUUUCUGUGGCUCUUAAGAUAGUUAACUAGAUAUAUUUUUUGUUUUAGUCUAGGGAAUUGUAACUUAAUGGGCUUCUUAAGAGAUGUCCUUGUAUUAUGCACUUAACCUAAUAAAAUCUUGUAUUCUUUCAUCUUCUUGGCACCAUUCUAGCUCAUGGGGUUACUUAGAAUGUCCCAAGAACAUCUCUCUUGGCCUUUUCUGGGCCACAGGGUGCCACUGACCUUCAGAACAUUUACCUGGGUGCCGUCACUCUGACAACAGCUUCACAGGUCUUGCUGGGCUUUCUCUGCCUGCUUACACAAGAGGAGUGGCACUGGAGGGGGUGCAGGUGUGCACCACCAGGCAGUUGCUUGGCAACGAGGAAACCAGUCUAGGGCAGCCCAGCCCCUACAUCGGGAGAAAACCUCCCUGGAUGCCUGAAUGAGGGAGAGGACAGGAGAUACUUGAACAGCAAGGUCUAGGCCAUGACAGGACACGUGGAGGACAUGACCGCCGCCAAGAGAUGCCCAGGAAGGCUGGGGAGGAGGCUCAAGCUGGGAGGUGGAUGUGGCAGGGGCUGAAUUUAGGAGAUGAGCUGAGGCGGUGGGGGCAGAUAGAAAUGGUCAGCUCUGAGCUCUAUCCUGUCACUCCUGGGAGCACCUGUGGGGACUGGCAAUGAUGGGGGCUCCUGCUAGAAGGGUUCAGGCCUUCCCUAGGCCUCAUCUUGCCCCCCAGCUUGGAAUCAAUCAGGCCCAGAAUGGACAGAAAGGUGGAAGCCCAUUGCUGGGCCUAGUGGGAACAGCCUGUGGCCACCGUCCUACGGCAGCUUCCCCAGCCAGCUCCAUCGGCCCUGUCCCCCAGUCUUCCUGGAACACUGGCCUCCCACCUGACUGCCAGGCCUGUGACCCACAGAAGCCCCCGAGGGGUAGGCUGACAAGCUCCAAACCCUUUUAUUAGCACACAUGAGAGUCAUUAAGUAAUGGAAAACCUGUGAGUGCUGCAGGAUGCUCACAACUGUUCUUUUUUUCCUGGGGCAGCUCCGCAGCAGAGCCUGAGAACACACUUGGGGAAACGCCCCCGGCCUCGCGGCCUCGGUGUCAUCCUUCUGGGAUGCUGUACAGGUCAAUCACCCACACAGACCCCAUGGACAGCCCCCUCGCCAUCCGUGAGUCCUCGGGGCUGUGGGGUGGCGCGCCGGCUCAGAGAAACCCCAGGUCACACCCGGGUCUUGCCGGCCGGGCAAUGGGGACCCCAGGUCUCUGCUCACCUGCAGCCCUGUUUCUUGGCCACGACACCCCCUGGAGGCGCCCCCGUGCCCUGGACGGUGUGUUGCCACCCGGGGGACCAACCCCAGCAUCAGGAGGGUCUGAACAAGCCGGACACGCUAGGGGGUGUGGUCAGCCCGGGGGGGAGGGGCGGGUGCCGGCAGGUAGGAUAGGACCCGCCCCCGCCCCUUGAGAGGCUGCCUGAGGUCUUCCGAGCGGCAGAACCGGUCCUGUCAGCCCGAACAAAGAUUCCUUCCUGGGCCCGGCGCUGGCUUCUGGUCAGGACUUGGGCGUCUGCAAGGGCGCGGGGACGCCCGGAGCGCCCGGCUACAGAAGGCCUCCCAGGGGACAACGUCUUCACUCCCCCGAAGGAGCCUCUGCUGGCUGAGGUGACGUCACCUGGCCUGGACCCGGCACGUGACCUCGGUUGUGUGACGUCACUCCUGUCCUCCGUCCUCGCGUCCAGCCUCAGCCCAGACCGGAGCUUUCUAUACUCUAAAACCAAUAGUGUUUGUUCAGCGUCGUCGCCUCGGGAACAGACUGGCGGUCUUCUCCUCCAGGUAGCCUCCGCUAAGGCAGACAUUGGCCGAAGCCCCAGCGACCCCGCACGUCCUCUCCGGCCCCGCGCCGCCGCUGAUUCCCGGCACAGACCCCGGCGGACCACGCGCAGCCACCUGCGGGCCCUCCUCCCCGGGCUUCCCGGUCUCCUAGCAACGCCAAAGAUGGCCGGCGCGCGAGGACUCUUGGGGAGUGUAGUUCUUCCCCUCUUUCUCAGCUCGGUCUGGGGCCCAACUAUGAGGACCUAGGCGCCCUAGACUACACUUCCUAGGUUGCUCCGCGCGCGCCUCCCACGACCUCGCGAGAACCCAGUGCCGGAACCCAUCUGGAGAGAGGGAGCUCUCGAGGUGAUCGCCGGGAGUUGUAGUUUGAGAUGGGGAGUCGCGCUGCCUGGUACCGGAGUUGAGACGGCAGAGAGACUACAAAUCCCAGGGGGCGCGGCGCGGCCGCCUGGAGGGCGGGGGGUACGAAAGAGGAACGCGAAGGGCGCCGGGGCUUGGGACCAGGGAUCUGCAGUUUCAUAGCAGCCCCGCCCUGCCAGCUAAGCACUGGGCACCCACUCUGGAUGUCUGCAGCUCCCAUCCCAGAGGGCCAGACCCUAUGUUCUGGAAUAUGGCGCUCCAGCGUGCCAUCCUCCUGGCGGGCCUCCUGGUGGAAGUUGCCAGCAAAUCCUCAGAAAGUGUGUCCACAGGGGUGAGUGGCAGUAGCUCUCCCUCAGACCGAGAGACCCACCUGCAGAAAGGGCCACCACCUCCACCACCUCCCAGGAGGUGUUCAUGUGCUGUUGCUGUGUCCUCACCUCACUCUGGGAAGCCAGGAAGCGGCCACCUGAUUCUGAAGUUAGAAGAGGCAGAGCCGGUCAGCAGCCUGAAUGCUGUGUGGACAUGCUGGCCACUAACACCACCUGCCAGGGCACAGGCCUGUGUGGUCCAGGCUGAGCAGGGAGAGGGGACUGUAGGAGGGCAGUGGCGUGCUGGCUGCAGGCAGAUGGGGACGCCCGACUCUCCAUCUCUGGCAGUGAGUCAUCGCAAUCUUCAGGCUCUGCCAUCCGCUGGUUGUCCCUGCAGAAAGGUCUUCUCACCACGACACAUUGCUGCUACGGACACCAGAAUGAGGACGGCAGUGUCAGCUGUGUCCGCUGCACGAACAGCACCUACGGCUCUGCCUGCAGUGGCCGCCCUGCUGCACCCCCCGCCAGGCCCACAUGGCCUGCUUCCCACCGAGGGGCUGCAUCUCCAAGUUCUGGAGGAACGGUCGCUGGCUGGGGUGCACAGUUCCCGAUGAACAGGAGUGCGGGGACGCCCGGACAGCCGAAUCUUGGGAGCCCUCAGGUGGCAGCCUCUCUCUUCCUGGGGACCCUCUUCAUCAGCUCUGGCCUCAUCCUGUCGGUGGCUGGGUUCUUCUACCUGAAGCGUACCAGUAAACUCCCCAAGGUCUUCUACGGGAGAAACAAAG